CCUCCCGGCGCGCCCCGCGGAGCGCCGCUGCCGCUCCUGGGCGGGCCGGGCCGGCUCAGGCGGCCGCGUGGUGCCCGCGGGUGGGGGGCGAAGCGGGGUUACCCUCCCGAACGGGAGCGCUGCGGUGUUGGCGCUGCCAAGGCACCGCUCCGAGGACCGGGCAGGAGAAGGCGCUGCGCAGGGCUUGAGCUACAUCCCGAAUGUUGUCAUAGUCAUCAAUUGCUACUUGCCGGCAGAGCGACUGAAGUCUGUGGACAGACUUGUUUCUCUUCCUUGCCAGAGGCCAAGCGCCCAAAUGGGGUAAUCAAAAGUUGCUGAUCUUUUUGUGUGCCCGUGUCUGAUCUUCAGGAUGCUACCUCUCAGUUUGUGGAAGAACAGGCACUUCUCACUCAGCACACAUAUAUGUGACUAAAGUCAUAUCUGGUGGGGCAGGUCUCUCAACACAACAAACUUCAUUACAAGGCUUUCUGCUUUAUGUCUGAGGAAAAACAAGAUGCAACACAGGUACCAAAGUAACAGACGACCAGCGGUUCCACUCGGAUCACGGAUUUUAACUGAUCCUUCUAAGGUCUUUGAGCAUAACAUGUGGGACCACAUGCAAUGGUCACAAGAAGAAGAGGAGAAUGCCAAGAAACAAGCAACAGAAAACUCUGUUGUGAAAGUUCAAUCAGAAGACCAAGAUAAAUAUGAGAGAGAAGCCAGUAAAUACUGGAAUGAAUUUUACAAGACACACAAAAAUAACUUUUUCAAGGAUCGCAAUUGGCUGUUUCUGGAGUUUCCAGAAAUUCUUCCAGAAAAAAAGAGACAAGAGUUCAAAACAGAAAAAAUAUCUUCAGAACAUGCAAAAAUAAAUAAUGACAACAGUUUUCCACUCAAAAAUGGAAUGUUUGAAGAAGGAGAAAAAUACUGGAAGAAAUAUUAUGGAGGUGGUUCUACUGCUGUGCAAGGAUAUGCAUAUAAAAAAAAUCAAGUAAAAGCUCUUACUGACAAUCCUCAAGGUAAAAACUGUGGAGAAGAACUUGGCAAGGUAGAAUCCUUCCCUGGUUGUGAUGCCACUUACCGAAUAUUAGAGGUUGGUUGUGGAGCUGGAAACAGUGUCUUUCCUAUUCUGAAAGUUCUAUGCAAUACACCUGGAACCUUUCUAUACUGUUGUGAUUUUGCUUCAGGAGCAGUGGAGCUGGUAAAGUCACAUUCGUCCUACAAUUCAGCCUGGUGUUCUGCCUUUGUUCAUGAUGUGUGUGAUGAUGCUUUACCCUAUCCUUUUCCAGAUGAGAUCCUGGAUGUCAUUCUCCUUGUCUUUGUGCUCUCUACUAUUCAUCCUGACAGGAUGCAAGGGGUUGUGAAUAGGUUGGUUAAGCUACUGAAGCCUGGAGGAAUGUUGUUAUUUCGAGACUACGGAAGAUAUGAUACAGCACAACUUCGUUUUAAAAAAGGUCAUUGCUUGUCAGAAAAUUUUUAUGUAAGAGGAGAUGGAACCAGAGUAUAUUUCUUUACCAAAGAUGAGGUAUGGAACAUGUUCAGCUUGGCUGGAUUAACUGAAGUACAGAAUUUAGCUGAUCGGCGAUUACAAGUAAACAGAAAGAAAAAAGUGAAAAUGCAGCGAGUUUGGAUACAAAGCAAGUUCCAGAAGCCAUUGCUAUCUCUGCAUAAUCCUGAAGAAACCAGCAAAAGUCACCCUUGUAAAUAAUUGUAUUCCAGAAAUACAGCUCAGAGUUGAGCUUCAGAAACUGGAGCAAAUUUAAGUACGUAUAUUUCCAGUAAAUGUUGUGUUAGCCACUGAUAAGUAUAAAAUAGUUCAAUAAAUAUA